AUGAUCGUGAUCCUGCUGAGCGCGAUCUUGUCGUGGAUCUUGAAUGCGGCUGCCGUGGAGCAGUUCACCUACAAGCCCAUGUGCUGCCUAGGCAGCGUGUCCUACACAGAGCCAGCGGCCGGGGGUGUGGAGUGGUAUCCGAAGCCAGGCGGCGGAUACUACCCCAAGCCCACGUGCGAGAACCCGUACACUGUGCCGGGAAAGGGAAAGAUGGAGGAGACCGACUCGGGCGUGAGCUUCAUGUGGGAUUCCACGGCCUCCGUGGCGCUUUCGAACGGUGUGUACACCAUCACCAAUGCGGGCUCCUCGGUGAACCACACUGGAAGCCGCGACUCUUCCUUCAACGGCGGCUGCACCGACACCUGCCACGCCAUGAUGGGUGGCUUCAACCCUGCCUGCUUCGGCACGGUGCUGGUCGAGACAGGCUGCUGGACUGCCAUGUCCUACCAGAGCCGGGCCACACAAUCGCUUGUCCUUGACGAGUUCGGCGAGGGCUGCAUCGGUGGAGCCGGCCGUAUCCCGAAGACUUUCAGCGCCCCCUCCGCCAUCGCCUCCGUUCCGCUCAUCGACAUGGCCGGAGACCUGGUGGCGCCUUUCGACGGCUGGUACGGCUGCGAUGCGAACGGCCAAAACUGCGUCGCCGGCGACGUGUCGGGUGGCACGAUCCUCGCUUGGGACACGUCGGGCUUCAGCGACUGGCAAGGCUUCUGGAACCCGCUGCUCACCCUGCUCUACAUCGACUUCAUCGGCACGAUGGGCUUCCUCUACGCAGCCGCGGACUUGAGUGGCUUGGUCGACCCGAAGAAGCCGGAGACCUUCCCGGGAUGCUAUGCGGCCUUCAUGGCCGAUGCCGUUGGCACCUUUGUGGGAGGCUUCUUGGGAACCAGCUCCGUAACGACCUACGGCGAGUCCAUGGCCGGCGUCUACGAAGGUGGCCGAACAGGGCUCACGGCUCUGGGCGUGAAGGACAUCGACUGGACCGACUACAUGCAGGCAAUCCCCUCCACCAUCUGCAUUCUGCUGCAGAUCACCACCUACAAGAUCGAGGUCGGCGUGCUGGGCGCCCUGAUGGUCUGGGCCUUCCUGAUGAUCUUCUCCGGCCGCAUCUUCUUGUACAACGACAAGGUUUGGAACUCCAUGCCAGGAUGGUUCCAGAACUUCGUGGCCAACCAGAACGGCGACGAAGAGUUCCGAAACCGCCUGAGGGAAGUAGGCAAGCUGCCACCAGCUGAGGACAAGAUGGAAGAGGGCAGGAACGUCGGAGAAAUCUCAGUCUAA